ACAUUCUAACUCGAACAAAACCAAAAAACACUACAACUUCAACAAGAAUUACUAAAUUUAGCUAAAAAAUGAAUUUGUGUGUUAGAUUGAAAUGCUUCCGUUAUAACAUUUUCGGCCAUUUGUACAGAUAUUCUACAACAUCGGAAGCAAUUGAACAAAAUGAACAAGUAAUUAUUGACGACAGCGAUGUAGCACAGGCGAAGGAAGAAGAAAUUAAUAAAAAGAGAAAUAUAUCUCGUCUUAGUAUGUCACAUCAUAACCUCGUUAACGGGAAACGACCCUACGACUAUCCAAUGAGUUUAGCUCAUUUGACCGUGAAAUACAACAGGAAAAUGUAUGGAAAAUAUGGAAGCGCUAGUGGAGUGAACCCUAGCUUAUGCUGGCCAACUAGAGCAGACAUCAGAGAGAAAUUGGAAUAUGAAUCCGAAGCAUACCCUUUCACAAUACAAGAGAUGAUGGAGACAACGAGGCAGAAACGUCUAGCUGAAGAGGAAAAGAUACUGAAGAGAGAUCAGGAAAUUGUAGCCAAAAUGGCAAAAUUAGAGAUGUGGAAAAAGGAACUUCGAAACAAAGUCGCCAAGAAAACUGCUGAAGCACAGGCUGCUAAGGACAAGAAGGAACGCCUUGUUGAGGAGGUGCGAAGACAUUUUGGUUUCAAACUGGAUUCUCGUGAUGAAAGGUUCCAGGAGAUGUUGGUCAAACGCGAGAAAGAACAAAAGAAACAGGAAAAACUAGCUAGAAAAGAAGCUAAGGAGAAGGUUAUGAUUGCCAAACUACAACAGAAGAAUGCUGAAAUCAGUGAAAACAAAUAAAAAUAAUUUUAAUAUGAUUAAUAUCAAAAAAACUAGUAUGCCUAGUAAACAUUUAUAAGUUAAAAUUU